AUGUGGUUAUACAUUAUCGCCGUUUGUGCUGGAGUUACUUGUUCUUAUUGCCUUUUAAGCAUUUGGAAAAAGAAAUUAUUUUCAGGAGAUAAUAAUUCAAAUAAAUUAAAAAUAUGUUUUGUUCAUCCGGAUUUAGGCAUCGGCGGUGCAGAAAGAUUAGUUAUUGAUGCCUCCAUUGCUUGCAAGAAACUUGGGCUUCACGUUACUAUUUAUACGUCUCACCACGAUAAAGACCACUGCUUUCAGGAAACUAAAGAUGGCUCUUUAGAAGUUUUUGUCUACGGUGACUGGAUCCCGAGGCAAUUUUGUCGGAAGUUUCAUGCUCUUUUUGCAUACAUACGAUUUUGUUAUUUAUCCACUCUUCUUCUUUUUAAAGAAAGUUAUGACUAUUAUUUUUGUGAUCAAAUUUCGGCAUCACUUCCUAUUUUAAAACUUACUAACAAAAAAAUUAUCUUUUACUGUCACUUUCCUGAUCAACUGCUAACUCAACGUCGGACCUUAUUUAAAAGAUUAUACCGUUUUCUGAUUGAUCGGUUAGAAGAGUACACUAUGGGAUAUGCCAGUACGCUCCUUGUGAACAGCAACUUUACUAAAAGUGUUUUUAAGAAAACUUUUCCAACUUUAACCCAUUUGGAACCAAAAGUUUUGUACCCUUCUAUUAAUCUAGAAAUUUUUAAAAAUGUUAAAGAACAAAGUUUAGAAUUUAUACCAGAUUCGGCUCGGACUGUUUUUUUAUCGCUAAAUAGAUAUGAAAGGAAAAAGAAAGUGGAGUUAGCUAUCAAGAUUUUAGUAGAAUUAAAAGAGAAGCUUGAGCCUGUUAAUUGGAAAGGCGUACAUCUUAUAAUUGCUGGCGGGUACGAUAAAAGAAUAAUUGAAAAUGUGGAGUAUUUUGAAGAACUGGUCUUGUUAGCCGAAAGAAAUUCUGUGGGGGGCCAUAUUACUUUUUUGAGAUCUGUGAGCCAUUCUACAAAGUUUGCUUUAUUUAAAAGUUGCGACUGUCUAUUGUACACUCCGGAUGAAGAGCAUUUUGGUAUCGGCCCGCUUGAAGCGAUGUUAAUGAAAAAGAUGGUUAUAGCAAAAAACAGUGGUGGCCCUGUAGAAACAGUAGAGAACGGUGUUACUGGAUUUUUAUGUGGCGAUGAUGCUUCCAGCUGGUCAGAAGUCAUCAUGGAAAACAUUUUUAACAAAAACAGAAGUUCUGAAAUGGGAGAAGCUGGCUAUCAAAGAUUUCAACACCUUUUUUCUUUCAAUCGUUUUACAGAAGAAUUAAAAACUAUUUUGCUGUAGUUUCGUUAUUUAC